UCGGAGCUGAAUGGCUAGAAAUGCAAGAAAAAGAGAAAAACGAAGAAAUUAUGGUUGCAUUUUGUUAUUGGGAUGGAUCUUCACAUCGCAGGGAUUUUAAAACAAAGAAGGGAACGACAAUUGCACAAUUUUUACAAAAAGCUUUGGAUUUAUUUCGGAAAGAAUUUUUGGAAUUGAAAUUGGCAACUGUAGAGAAUUUGAUGUUCAUUAAAGAAGAUUUAAUUAUUCCUCAUUUCUAUACAUUUCAAGAUUUUAUCAAAACUCGGCAAAUGGGAAAAACUGGUCCUUUGUGGCAAUUUGAGUCUGUUGGUGAAAUACGAGUUAGACAAGAUGCUGCUCUUGAUGUUGGAGAAAGCCAUCCAGUUAAGGUUGUUCUACGUUCGUGGUAUGAAAAAAAUAAACAUAUUUACCCGGCAUCUCGUUGGGAGCCUUUUGUGCCAGGAAAAGUUUAUAAAAGAACAAUCGAUGAUUUAAAUACAAUUUGA